AAACCAUACCGUGAAGGGCGAACCUGAUCAAACAUUUGCAACGAGCGUUGUUAGUCGGAGGAUCAUAAGGACUUGAAGGGUCAAGCCGCCAGACAUGUCGCACUUACAAACACAUUCAGGGGAAGAAUCCCCACAGACAACAGGUAACAUCUCACCAUGUUUCGAGCAAUAGGUUCUACCAACAACCCGAAGCUGACCACCCACCUAUCUCUCGCCCAUUCAGAAACUCUUACUCGCACCCCUUCUAAUUCCGGGUCAAACACCAGUACAUCCAACGGCAAUGGACAGAAACCUGCGGGACGACGGCUUCCUCAAGCGAUCGCGCAUCGUGGGUAUAAAGCCGCUUUCCCGGAGAACUCCAUGGGGGCUUUCCAAGGAGCGGUGGAUAUUGGUGCGCAUGCGAUCGAGACAGAUUUGCACUUGACAAAAGAUGGGAUUGUCGUGUUAGUACAUGAUCCGUCCCUUAAACGGUGUUUCGGCGUAGAUAAAAAGGUUUCCGAAUGUGACUGGAGCUACUUGAGUACGUUGAAGACUCUCAGGGAGCCACAGCAAUCAAUCCCGAGGUUGCAAGAUCUGCUGGAGUAUCUAGGGCAGCCUGGUUUAGAGUCGGUAUGGGUGUUGUUGGAUAUCAAAAUCGACGACGAUCCCGACGUGUUAUUGGGCGCCACAGCCAAAACGAUUGAAUCUGUUCCGACAACACGUGCCUGGAAUGAGAGAGUAGUCCUCGGUUGCUGGAAUGAAAACUACAUCAACGUCGCCAAGUCGUACUUCCCCUCCUACCGCUUCGCCUACAUCGGCUUCUCCCUCCCUUACGCCUCCCGCUUCCUGUCCGAAGCCCACUCCGACGUCGACUUCAACCUCAUGCAGCACAUGCUCGUCGGCCCCAUUGGCGCCCGCUUCAUCAGCAAGAUCCGCAAGGCGCAACGGAAGCUCUAUAUCUGGACCGUCAACGAGGAGCGGUGGAUGGAAUGGGGUAUUCGGAAGGGGGUGGAUGGAGUCAUCACGGAUGACCCGAAGCUGUUUUUGGAGGUUUGUGAGAGGUGGUCAGAGAAAGGGAAAGAGCAAGUAGGGUCAGGUUCAAAGAGGGGAGGAGAGUUGAAGAAUUUCAAGAUGCAUGUGAAUGCGUUCAUGCUGCAGAUCUUGGCGGUUAUGUUUAUUUGGGUUUAUUGGCCGAGGUUGGCAACAAAGGGGAAGAAGAAACAGGGUAAGGAAGGGCCUACGACGGUGGUAUGAAUGAAGCUUGGUGAUGAAAAAGUGGUGGUGUUUGAGGGAACGAGGUAAUGAUAGAUGGGGGUGGAAUUUUGACUACUGUAUUCUGUUUCAUGAUCAGUAGAUGUAGACGUUGUUUCUCGGACAGGAUGGAUUGCCGAUGUGAUGAAGAUUUUGGGACGCUUUUGGGAUGCUGGUUCAGGUAGCUUUUUCGUUCAAGCGGGAGAGGUAUUCAAAGAGGACGGGAGUGUUUCCGUGAGAUCUCCAUGGACGUUCUUGGUGGUUAGUGGUUACUUUAUCCCUCCUCGGAACCAACGAAGCCUUAUCUCGAUCUGCUUGACAAGCUCCCA